GCGCGUCCGGCUGAGCGGCGGACGCGCUGCAAGCUGCUCCGGGGCCGGGCCGCUGCCUCUGAGGUGGGCUCCGCAGGCCGCGGCCGGCGGGUGCCUGGCGCGCCCGCUCUGCCCCGCCCUCGGAACCGCGCCGGCCCGGCGAGCGCGGGCGUCGGCGUCGUGCCCAGCCCGCCGGCCUCCCCAGGCCCGGCCGGCCCGGCGGGGCCAUGAGCUUCUUUGGCUUCGGGCAGAGUGUGGAUGUGGACAUCCUGCUGAACGACGCGGAUAGCAGGCGGCGGGCCGAGCACAAGACCGAGGAUGGGAAGAAGGACAAGUACUUCCUCUUCUACGACGGCGAGACGGUGGCCGGGAAGGUGAGCCUGGCUCUCAAGAACCCCAACAAGCGGCUGGAGCACCAGGGCAUCAAGGUCGAGUUCAUCGGGCAGAUCGAGCUCUACUAUGACCGCGGCAACCACCACGAGUUCGUGUCCCUGGUGAAGGACCUGGCCCGACCUGGAGAGGUCACCCAGUCGCAGGCCUUUGACUUCGAGUUCACCCACGUGGAGAAGCCCUACGAGUCCUACACCGGGCAGAACGUGAAGCUGCG